CCUAGAUCGGUAACUACUUUGUUAUCACCAGAUUCCUUCUAACUAACAGCUGUCGUACAAUUGAAUCUUUUAUUGCCUCUUUUCAUGAUUGAAUAACCGUAGUCACUGGUAACUGCUAUGCCUUCCGUUGUAUUUUUUCUCUGCUGACUCCAUAAUAGAUAACAUUCACAAUUCCCCCAAUCGUCAUUGCGCCUGGCCUGGCCUUCAAAAUAUCCAAGAUGGGACUUUUUAGCACCACUCCUACUUCGCCGCCUCCUCCGAAGAUAUCGUCGGAUGGCGCACCCAUAGCCCCCGAUCGAACGCAACGCGCAAAAUGCUGGGAGGGGAGAGAUGAAUUCUUUCAGUGUCUAGACAAAAGUGGAAUCGUCGACAGUAUCACAGAGAAAGGCAAAGCGGAGAAGGCAUGUUCGACCGAAGGCAGGAAAUUCGAGGCAAAUUGUGCGAGCAGUUGGGUGCGUGAUUUUUUUCGCUGGUUGUUCUCUGGACAUAGGGAUACAAUCCCAAAGGGACAAGGUCAGGAAUAGAGCUAAUAUUGCAACAGGUCACAUAUUUCAAGAAGCGACGGGUCAUGGAACAUCAUCGAAAUCAAACCUUGGAAAAAUUGAAGGCAGAGGGAGCUAAGCAGAUGCCAGGCGAGAUUGGACCUGGCGCACUGGGUCAAAAGCCAUGAUCCCAGCUGGCAGAAGAAAUGUAUAAUAUGUAUGGAAUACUGAUGUAAAAUACGGGAUGGCGUCAUGGGUCACAAUGGAAGGUAUCUCCCCACGCUCAAGGGUGCUUGAAGAUACUUGGUAUUGGUAUUGACAUGAAGAACUCGGCAAGCGCCCCAUCUGCAAUACGAGGAAUACAGACUUGCGCUCAAAUUGAGCCGUCAAGCCUCCUUUCUAUCCCUAUGAUCGGCGCGCUGCCGUUGCUCUACAUUUUUGCUUUGCUGUCUAUCUCAAUAGGAACAACCUCUGCCUCUUCUGGUUCAAUGCCUUCUAUCUUCUCAAUUUCUAAAGCCUCGUCAGUUUCAAACAAUCUGCCCAAUUCUUCGAGUGCAAGUCCUUUCGUCUCAGGAAAGGUGAAAUACACCAUAGGAAUGAAGAGGAGCAGCAUUCCCAUGAAAAAUAACCGGUAUUUCCAACCGAUAUUCUCAAUUGCCACUGGGUUUGCAUAUUGCGAGACAAUCAACAUAGCUUGUCCACCAGCAACCACGAUGGCAAGUCCUUUCGUGCGCAUGCUGUAUGGCAAAACCUCAGUCGGAUAAGCGUACGCCAGAGGGUUACAGGCGAUGUUGAAGCUGCCAUUAUAAGUGAAAAGGAAUAGCACGGCCAUGUAUGCGGCAGCUUUUGCCUCAUUCUGGGCAAACACUGCGCUUGUAACUGUUAUUCCGAUGUUGGAAGCCAGCAUAACAAAGAGGGAUAUGAGCCAAAGUGGUCUUCGUCCGAUCCUGUCUGCUAGGCAAGCCCCAGCGAUGGAAACCAGAAAGUUCCACUACAAGAAGAUUAGCACGGUAUUUCUCGUUGAAUCGGGAGCCUGUGGUAUUAACGACGAGAGUCUCUCGGUCGCCAAAGACAGUGGCUCGAAAGAGGUAUCAGAGAGAAAAGUUCCGUACUAUCUGCAUCCCGCCAUUAAUUCCGGUUUGUUUGUUUGUACCAGUGACGUUCAAGGAGGUGAGUAAAGGGCUGAAGUAAUAACUGAUCACACCUUGUCCACACCUAUUCGUGGUCAGUGAUCUUUCAGAUGUGGAUUAUGGUUGAGCUAAACACGUACCACAGACAGAGAAUGAAUGACGAAGUU